GUCGUUGAAACCCCUCGAGCACAAAACCUCACUCUCCAUAAACCCCACUCUCUCUUAAAUCUCAAUCACAAGACAAACUCUCAAGAUUCCUCAGAAACUGAAUUCUCUCCCUCUCGCUUUAAACUUGAAUGACCAAAGCUUUGUUCUUUUCUGGUUUGGAGAAAACAGAACUCGAGAUGGCUGAUGAUACGUCGGUUGGGCCCGAAAUAAGAAUCACAGAGAUUGAAGAAGAACCUCUCCUUCAACAGCCACAAGAAGAAGAAGACCCAAAUGGAUCAUCUUUGUUGAUUCUUUCACCUACACAAGCAGACCAAGAAGAAACCAACAAUCAAGACCAACCAAGUCCAACUUCUUUCAAGAAUGUAAAGUUCUCCUCUUUAACUGAAUCUGAUACUAAUUUUGGUGAGAAAGAAGAACUGGGCUUGGAAGGAAAUGAAGUAAAGUUUGACUAUUUGAUUGGAAAGAAGGUUGCUUAUUGUGAAUUGGUUUCUGGGUCUUUUGAAAGUGGAGAUUUUGAUGAUAAGAUUGAGAGUUCUGGUGUGAAAGUGCUAGAAACUGAGACUUCUGUGGAUGGUGUAUUGAAUAAAGGAGAGAUUGAAUGGAGUGUUGAUGGUGUGAAAGAAGUGAAAGAGAAGGGGAAAGAUUUUGUAGGAAGUGAAUGCUUCGAGGCUGAGAUGGGUUUAGGUUCCGAAGACAAUAAAGAGUUUGUGAUGGUGAAAGAGAUUGGAGGAGAAAGUUCAUUGGAAGCAAAGAAGAAGCAAUUAUUGGAAGAACUUCAAGAUGGUUCGAUCUUUAAAAACAAAACCAAUGUGGAUAAUAAUGUUGAUGGCUUUGACACUGGUGUGGGAAUCUCGGGGAUACUCAAAGGAUCUGAUGAAUCUGUCAAACGUUCUUUGAAGAUUGAAAUGAUUGAUCAUACAGUGUUGAUUGAACCAGCUUCUGUAACCAAAACUGGUAAUGGUGGUGGUAAUGUUGCCGAGAGGAAUGGAAAGAAGAACGGUAAACAUGAAACUGAUGAAAAGAAGGUAAAAAGGCCGCGGAGAAGGGGAAAGAUUGCAACGAAGGGUGGUUUGGAGACAAGCGAAGGGCAAAAGAAAGUGACCCAAAUUGAUGAAGCUCAAAAGAGAACAAUUGAUGUUGGUGAAGUUCGAAAUGGCUGUGAAACAGACGGGGACCAGAUGAAGAGGAAGUACUCAAGGGAGGAAAUGAAGGUCCUGAGGUUUGCAAAUAUUGUAGAACAGCGAAAAUUGUGGAGAGAUAUAUACACUGGACUUGGAGAUGAUGCUGUGGAGGGCUAUAAAGACUUGGCAAGUUCAAAGCAUCAUAAGAACGUUUCCUUGAACUUCAAUCCUUGGGAGCAUUUUGGAAGGAAGGAACCUGACAUUCCUGGGGAAGAAUCUUCUGAAAUCGUGGACGAUGGAUUAGAAAACAUGGAAGUAGAUGGGGGGGUGCAAAAUGCUGAUCUCUUGGAUCCUGCUUGCAGUAACAGUAUUGAGGGUGAAGGUACUGAUACAGUUUUGGAAGAAGCGUAUGGUGAAGAAGUUGACAGCGAUGAUGAUUAUGCUAGCAUUCAGAGGCCUGCUUUUGCAGUAGAAGGAGAACCAGAUUUUGAUUCUGGACCUCCAGAGGAUGGAUUAGAAUUCCUCAGGCGUGUCAGGUGGGAGGCUGCUCACAUUCCAAAAGUUAAAGUAGCCAAGCUUGACAGGAGCAGAGUUAACAAAGAACAAACUGUUUAUAUGCCCCAGAUUCCUAACAUUGCCAAGUGUCCAGAGUAUUUACUGCCAUUGAAGCAGUGGGAGGAUGCAUUUCUUGUUGAUUUUUCUGAGCUGCGACAGUUUCUGUCUCAAGAUGACGGUUCCAGCACUAGAAUUUCCCAGAAGAUGCAACCAGCAGCUAUUGUUCUUGGGAAUUCUUCCCCUCAGCAUGCUGAAAGUAUUGUUGUUGAGAGAUCCAAUAUCCUUGGAACUGAAACUGAUGAAGUCCAAUCCUACAAACCUCUCGAUACUUCCAGUGCUGAGAACGCCAUUGAUCACCCAUGCAUGGCGAAUGUUGAAGACUGUAGAAACUUAACAUCUUCUCAGAUUCCAACUCCUGAAGCUUCUUGCAGUGAUGCUUUAUGCAACUACCCUACCUUGUCUGUGAUUUUAGCUAUGGAUUGUGUUGCUCGAGUUUCAAUGCUGAGGAAACGCAUAAAAUUGGCAGAAACCAUGGACACACUGUCAAAGAAUGACUGUGUGUGGCUAUUUGCCUUAUGUGCAGCAGUUGAUGCUCCACUAGAUGCUGACACGUGCGCUGCUCUUCGGGGUCUGCUCCGAAAAUGCGCAAGCUUGCGAGCUAGCAAAUCUGAACAUGAUGAUGAGGUUAUCAUGCUGAAUAUUCUCGCCACAAUUUCAGGCAGGUAUUUUGGACAGUCUGAAAGCUGAAGCUUCUCAGUUCAACUAAACCAUGUCAACUUCAAGGAGUAUAUUUAUAUUUCUUGUAUUUGAGUAUAGCAAGUUGCUUAUAUUUUUUAAUCUGCUUUGGAAAUGGCUUCUGUUUGUUCAGACGCAAAAUUAGAGUUAUUUUUAAUUUGGGGUGGUUUAAUUAUGAAA